AGGGACUAUUUUGUUAAAAAAAACCAGAGACUAAAACCCUAACCCCUUCGAGGUUGUGCCUAUAUAAACACAAACUAAAGCAGAUUCACAGUACUUCGCUCACAGCCUCUCCAACGCCAAUCUUAAACCCACGGAAAUCUGUUGUCUGAAAUUGGAGUACUGUUUAUAAGGAUUUUAAUUGGGAAAACAAGAUGUCAAAUCCAAAGGUUUUCUUUGACAUUCUGAUUGGAAAGAUGAAAGCUGGACGAGUUGUAAUGGAGCUAUUUGCUGAUGUUACACCUAAAACUGCUGAAAAUUUUCGUGCACUUUGCACAGGGGAGAAGGGGAUUGGGAGAUCUGGGAAGCCAUUACAUUACAAGGGCUCGGGAUUUCACCGCAUAAUCCCAAACUUCAUGUGUCAGGGAGGGGAUUUCACAAAGGGAAAUGGUACUGGAGGAGAGUCCAUUUAUGGCCUGAAAUUUGAGGAUGAGAACUUCAAGUUGAAGCAUACAGGGCCAGGAAUUUUAUCAAUGGCUAAUGCUGGACCAAACACCAAUGGCUCUCAGUUCUUUAUCUGCACUGAGAAGACCCAAUGGCUUGAUGGGAAGCAUGUUGUGUUUGGUAAAGUUGUGGAUGGCUACAGUGUGGUUAAGGAAAUGGAGAAGGUGGGAUCGGACGGUGGGACUACUAGGGAGCGGGUUGUAAUUGAAGAUUGUGGUCAGAUUACAGAGAAUUGAUCAUGAUUUACUUGUCUGUCAUUGUUAUUUAGGUUGUGUAUGUUCAAUAUUAAUUACUUCAGAGUAGAGAAGUUGCACGGUUGAUAUAUUCGGAAGCCUAGUAGUUUUAGAAGAGAAGUGAAUGCUUUUGUAAAGAGAUAUCAAACUUGUGCUAACUGCAAUAAGAAGUACGGAUCUGUUUUGGAUCAA